AUGGUUGCUCGCUUGAAUUUGAAGGCCGGGGAACGCAUUGAAAUGAAAGCCAAGGUGCCCCGAGAAGCCAAAAGCUUUACCUUUCAUAUAGGCCGGAAUGCCUCGAAUCCGCUCCUUCAAUUUAACGCUCGAUUUGAGACUUUCAACGGAGACAGGGUCGUCCUUUUUAACUCUGAGACGGGGAGAGAGCGGGAUCUUCUCUUGGACCUGGGACUAUUCGUCACAGUAGCGUUCUCCUUUACCGCCCAAGAUAUGGUGUUGGAAGUGUUCAACCGGCCAAUUAUUAGACUCCCAACCCCACCGGGAAUGCAAGUGGUGGAGCACCUCGCUGUAACUGGUGAUAUCGAUGUUAAAUCCAUCACGUUCAGCCAUCUCUUUCUUGCCUCUGGAAAUAGUAACUUUUUAAAAUGACGACGUGAUCUUCGAUUCUUCCCAUUAGUUCUUGCUGUGGGGUUAGUAUGCAAUGUAAGUUUCUUUUAAGAAAGCCGAAGCAGAUUUAGCCAUGUAAAAGAGUUGGGAAGUAGCAAUGGGCCGUAUACUUCCUGACUUUUGUUGCCACUGUUGCUUUUAUUUUGGAAUAAAGCUGCUCUUCUUACUA